AUGGGUUGCUUUGGUUCGAAGAGCGGAAAAAUUAAAGUAAAAUUGUGCCCAGAAACGACAGAAUCGGUAGAAAAAGACCACUCCCUUUGUGAAGAGUCAAAACAUGCUCAGUCAAAAGGUAACCUUUCUGAGGACUCAAGAGUCAUUGCGAAACUGAAAACUCUAAAUAAUAUAUACAGAAUCGUUGUGAACGCAGAAAAGCAUGACCAAUCCAGUCUAGAAGAAGACCAAGAAUUAUCACAAGAUUCAUAUAAAAAAACUAGUGAAGGAAUUAAAACGGAAAUUCGAUAUGAAUAA